AGCAGGCAAGCUCGAGCCGCUCGCGCCUCGAUCUUCGGCCGCGGUCGUGCGAGGUCGUGGUGGGGGUGGGACAGCGAAGCGCAGCUCCGCGGUCGCCCACGCCACGCGGUGAGACCUGCAGAAGAGGCGCGCCGUGGCGGGCGGCGGCAGGAACAUGGCGCGGUCGACGCCGCCGUCGGCCGUCCCGGCUCUCCGACCCUGACCGCGGCGGGGCAUGGUCGCCUGGCCCCCGCCGUCGCUCGUGUGCACGGUAGCCGUCCUGCUGCGCGUCGGUAUCGCCGCCGCCGGAGUCAUGUCUCGCCGUCGGGUGCACCAGCAGCAGUCCGGGUCGUCGCCGUCCGGCGCAGCUCGUCACCAUGACGACGUGGUCGAGGACGGCGCGGCCGAUCCCGUCAUGCUUCUGCCGGAGCUGGUGGGCCGUCUGCUGAACGAGGCGGCCGCCCGCGUGGACGACGAGGCCGUCCGGCUCGACGACGGCGUCGUCUGGAAGCCGCUCCGCGAGCCAGACCAGGUUAAGGCGGCCGGAGAGCACGUGAGCGGCCUACCGGAAGUGAAACACGAGCUGCGAUCCAUCGACGAAGCCGCGGCCGUGGUCGAGAGCGACGUCUUUCCCUCGCGCUUCCAGUCGUCCGCGGUCGCCUCUCGGCUCCGGCAGCAGGCCGCCCAAAAAGGCGCGCCGAUCAAGACCGCUAUCCUCGAAGACCGCGAACCGGGGACUGACGCCGACAUGGCGCAGAACCAUCCGAGCGGCAGCAACAACAGCGGCAAGGACGCGGCGAACCGCUCGGCCACUCCGAGGAACCAGAGGAUCCCACAAGAGCCGAACCACGACGACAAGGCCGACGCUUCCGACGACGCCAGCGUGACCGCGAACCCCGCCGGGAAGGAGCAACGGGACGUCGUCGCGGUCGACGAUAACCCAAAGGGCGACGACUCGCUGCCCGGUGGCCCCGAAGUCGGCUCCAAGGCGACCCUGACCGAGACCCUCGAGGUCGCGGACGCGGGCGUGCAGGUCGACGCGGCCCCCGCGGAGGAGGCGAGGCUGCCGCCGGACGCGCAGCCCGUGACGACGACGACGACCGCGGAGCCGCGAAAGCGCGGGGCCACGGUGGACCGGGAGAUGCAGACGGCGACGCCGUCCAAGACGUCGUCCACCAGGGACAGGCAGUCGCAGACGCUGCCCACGACGCCGACCCUGUACUCGAUGGCGACGCAGACGGACAUCCAGGACGCGCCCUGGUACGCGUUCCGCACGUCCGUGCAGAAGAAGAAGCUGGCGGCCAUCAUAUCGGCCGUGUUCGUGCUCGUCUACUUCAUCCUCUGCUACGGACUCGUCAACGCCGCGCGCGAGAUGUACGCCGAGCACAUCUUCGAGGAGCUCGACUUCCUCUGACUUUCUUUUUUUUUCGGCCUCGUGCUGCUUCGCAACUUUCCGAGCAGACGUCGCCAGACUUUCCGAGCAGACGUUGCCACGGACUCGCACGCGAGUCAGUGGCAACGUUUCGGCAAAUCGUCGGGAGGAAGCAGAGGAGUCAGUGGCGACGUUUCGGCAAAUCGUCGGGAGGAAGCAGAGAACGACGGACACCCGUAAUUUGCACGUACAGGUCGCGGGCCCGGCAGCGCACUGUCACGACGAUGGGUCGGUAUUGAAAUUGUGUUCACGCCCACGCACGGGGGUUGGAGGACGCGAGGUACGAUUUGGAAGGCUUCGCAAACACGCGGCUGGCGACGAAGCGGGCGGGAUAACGAAUCGCUUCGAGCCUCGAGGAAAUCGACGAAAAUUUCAGUGUACAAUAAAUCGACUUUCGGUUUGCCUUCGA